GAAAGUGUAUAUAAAGGCAUCUUUGCUGGCAGAACAUCAACAGUCUUUAGGUAUUGGAGCAAAGUAUCUAAUCCGGAGCAGUUGUCGAGAUGAAGUUCACUAUCGUUCUUUUGGCACUCGUUGGCCUGGUAGCCGCCGUCAGCGUUCCUCCCACCAACAAGGUUACAGUCGCCGAUCAUGCUUUCUUGGAGAAGCAGAAGUUUCUCCUUGAAAUUGUUUACCGCGUAGAGGAUCCAUUAAUGUUCGAAGAAUACAUCAAGAUGGGUCAACAGACAGUCCAUGACAAGGCGCUUUAUACCCAUUACGAUAGCUAUAUGGAGAAAUUCUACGAGUCCUACAAAAUGGGUGUGCUGUUGCCAAGAGGUGAAUUCUUUGGCGCACUGGUCAAGACUCACCACAAACAAGCUUAUGGUCUCUUCAACUACUUCUACUAUGCCAAGGAUUGGGAAACCUUCCAACGAAACGUCGCUUGGGCUCGCAUGCACGUCAACGAAGGCAUGUUCGUCUAUGCUCUUACUUUGGCCGUUAUCCAUCGUGAUGACUUCCAAGGUCUGAUGCUACCCUCCAUCUAUGAAAUAUUCCCACAAUACUUCCUCAACAGCAAAUUAAUUUACGCUGCUGAGAAAUUUGACUACAACACCUGGAGCAAAUAUAACCAGUACGAGAAGGAGUUCAACGAUGUCUACUACAGAAACAACAAACACCACAACAAAGACUACUUCUAUAUGAGAGACUUCAAGACCUACCAAUGGUGGAAGCUUAUGGGUCUGGGUGAACACUGGCAUGCUGCAGAGAAGAACUUCCCACUGCGCGAAAACACCUACGAACUUGUUUCUGACGACAAAUAUGCCUCAUUCAUGAAGGAUAUCAAAAUUUUCUGGCAUCCCGUUGACUACACUCGUGAUAUUGAGUUCUUCAAUCACCACUCUGUAUUGUCAUACUUCACUGAGGAUUUGGGCUGGAACUCGUAUUGGUAUUAUUUGAAUAUGGACUAUGCUUUCUUCUUGGAUGGCAAAACAUUCGGUUUGAAUAAGGAUCGCCGUGGUGAAUGGUGGCUCUACAAUAUUGACCAAAUGUUGGCUCGUUACUACAUGGAACGUUUGUCCCAUGGUAUCGGUGAAAUCCCUCAACUAUCUUGGUAUCAUGCUUUCGAACAAGGUUAUGAUCCAGAAUUGGUUUCGUAUAAUGGUGUUGGUUAUAGCUACCGUAAGAACUACUUCGAAAUACAAGCUUAUGGCAACUUCGACAUAUUGAACCAAAUCCAAAGCCAUUACAAGCGUAUCUAUGGUAGCAUUGUGUCGGGAGUUUACACUACACAGGAUGGUCAGAAAAUCGAUCUGCGCCAACCGGAAUCUAUUGAAUACAUCGGAAACCUUUUGCAAGGUAGCAUUGAUAGUAUUGACAGACAAUUCUUCAACGACUGGUACAUGCUGCAAUAUAUGUACCUCGCCAACGUCGAAGAGAACGAUUACGAAGUAACCCCCAACGUCCUAUUGAACUUCGAAUCCAUGAUGCGUGAUCCUAUCACCUACAGUGGAGCUACCUGGAUCACCGAAAUACUUCGCCUUUUCAAAAACCAACUCCCCUCUUACACCGAAGAGGAAAUUGGUCUUACCGGCGUUGAAAUCAAAAAUGUCGAGGCUAGUGAACUGGUCACCUAUUUCGACAUGGUAGACAUUGAUGUUACCAACUUGAUGAAUGACAAAAUGGUAUUCGUUGAUGGUUCAUUCGUUUGGGAUAAAUCAUUGUACGCUCGUCAAAUGCGUCUCAAUCACAAGCCAUUCCACUUUAACAUCACAGUGCAAUCUGACAAGCAACAAAAAGUUGUAAUUCGCUCAUUCUACGGUCCUAAGUACGAUGAGUACGGACGUCUUAUCUCACUGCAAGAGAACCGCGAGAAUUUUGUUGAGUUGGAUGAAUUCGUUUAUGAGCUGACUGUUGGGGAAAAUGUAAUCAAACGCUCAUCCGAUGACUACCUCUGGACUGUGAAGGAUCGCACCACUUACACCGAACUGUACCACUACGUUAUGGCUGCCUUCGAUGGCAAAUACGAAUUGCCAUUAGACAUUAGCGAACCACACUCUGGUUUCCCAGAUCGUCUUCUCUUACCUAAGGGUUGGGAGAGUGGAUUCCCUGUGCAAUUGUUCUUCCACAUUGCGCCCUACCAAGCAUCCGUCGAGCAAUACUCCAACUUCGACUCAAGCUACAGCAGCGGCAUUGGUUCCGGCACACGUUAUAUUGACAACAAACAAUUCGGUUAUCCAUUGGAUCGUCCAAUUGAUGAAUUCGAACUGCUCUCAAUGUCUAACAGCUACUUCAUGGAUGUGAGCAUCUACCACAACAACACCCUCAAGCCAUACUACGAGGAAUACGAGAACUUCGGUCACUUUGACUACAACUUCUACAAUAAUUACUACACCAAAUACUUCCACAUUCCCGCUUGUGAGAGGAGCAGUAAGGAGCUGACAUCGAAAGUGCCGCCUAAUGCAGCCGAAGAUGAAGCCCUUACGCCAAACCACUCCAGUGGUAUUCGAGAACUAACAGAUAAUGUUAGCUCUGGAUCAGAAGAGGGAGCAGUUGUUGGGAUGAAGUUCACUAUCGUUCUUUUGGCACUCGUUGGCCUGGUAGCCGCCGUCAGCGUUCCUCCCACCAACAAGGUUACAGUCGCCGAUCAUGCUUUCUUGGAGAAGCAGAAGUUUCUCCUUGAAAUUGUCUACCGUGUAGAGGAUCCAUUGAUGUUCGAAGAAUACAUCAAGAUGGGUCAGCAGGCGGUCCAUGACAAGGCGCUUUAUACCCAUUACGAUAGCUAUAUGGAGAAAUUCUACGAGUUCCACAAAAUGGGUAUGCUGUUGCCAAGAGGUGAAUUCUUCGGCGCACUGGUCAAGACUCACCAUAAACAAGCUUAUGGUCUCUUCAACUACUUCUACUAUGCCAAGGAUUGGGAAACCUUCCAACGAAACGUCGCUUGGGCUCGCAUGCACGUCAAUGAAGGCAUGUUCGUCUAUGCUCUUACUUUGGCCGUUAUCCAUCGUGAUGACUUCCAAGGUCUGAUGCUACCCUCCAUCUAUGAAAUCUUCCCACAAUACUUCCUCAACAGCAAAUUAAUUUACGCUGCUGAGAAAUUUGACUACAACACCUGGAGCAAAUAUAACCUGUACGAGAAGGAGUUCAACGAUGUCUACUACAAAAACAACAAAUACUACAACCAAAACUACUUCUAUGUCAAAGACUUCAAGACCUACCAAUGGUGGAAACUCAUGGGUCUGGGUGAACACUGGUAUGCUGCAGAGAAGAACUUCCCACUGCGCGAAAACACCUACGAACUUGUUUCUGACGACAAAUAUGCCUCAUUCAUGAAGGAUAUCAACAUUUUCUGGCAUCCCGUUGACUACACUCGUGAUAUUGAGUUCUUCAAUCACCACUCUGUAUUGUCAUACUUCACUGAGGAUUUGGGCUGGAACUCGUAUUGGUAUUAUUUGAAUAUGGACUAUGCUUUCUUCUUGGAUGGCAAAACAUUCGGCUUGAUCGCCGGAUCGGUUAAUAGUCGCCGUGAUGAAUGGUGGCUCUACAAUAUUGACCGGAUGUUAGCUCGUUACUACAUGGAACGUUUAUCCCAUGGGAUCGGUGAAAUCCCUCAACUAUCUUGGUAUCAUGUUUUCGAACUGGGCUAUGAUCCAGAAUUGGUUUCGUAUAAUGGUGUUGGUUAUAGCUACCGCAAAAACUACUACGAAAUUCAAAAUUAUGGCAACUUCGAUACACUGAACCAAAUCCAAAGCCAUUACAAAAGAAUCUAUGAUAAAAUUGUGUCCGGAGUCUACACCACACAGGAUGGUGAAAAAAUCGAUUUGCGUCAACCGGAAUCUAUUGAAUACAUCGGAAACUAUGUGCAAAGCAAUGUCGAUAGCCCCGAUAAACACUUCUACAACUACUGGUACAUGCUGCACUAUAUGUACUUCGCCGACGUCAAAGAGAAUGAUUACGAAGUAAUCCCCAACGCUCUAUUGAACUUCGAAACCAUGAUGCGUGUUCCUCUCUCUCUCAGCAUGGCCACAUGUGGCACCGAAAUAUUAAAUAUUUUCAAAAAGCAUCUCCCUCCUUACACCGAAGAGGAAAUUGGUCUUACCGGCGUUGAAAUCAAAAAUGUCGAGGCUAGUGAACUGGUCACCUAUUUCGACAUGGUAGACAUUGAUGUUACCAACUUGAUGAAUGACAAAAUGGUAUUCGUUGAUGGUUCAUUCGUUUGGGAUAAAUCAUUGUACGCUCGUCAAAUGCGUCUCAACCACAAGCCAUUCCACUUUAACAUCACAGUGCAAUCUGACAAGCAACAAAAAGUUGUAAUUCGCUCAUUCUACGGUCCUAAGUACGAUGAGUACGGACGUCUUAUCUCACUGCAAGAGAACCGCGAGAACUUUGUUGAGUUGGAUGAAUUCGUUUAUGAGCUGACUGUUGGGGAAAAUGUGAUCAAACGCUCAUCCGAUGACUACCUCUGGACUGUGAAGGAUCGCACCACUUACACAGAAUUGUAUCACUACGUUAUGGCUGCCUUCGAUGGCAAAUACGAAUUGCCAUUAGACAUUAGCGAACCACACUCUGGUUUCCCAGAUCGUCUUCUCUUACCUAAGGGUUGGGAGAGUGGAUUCCCUGUGCAAUUGUUCUUCCACAUUGCGCCCUACCAAGCAUCCGUCGAGCAAUACUCCAACUUCGACUCAAGCUACAGCAGCGGCAUUGGUUCCGGCACACGUUAUAUUGACAACAAACCAUUCGGUUAUCCAUUAGAUCGUCCAAUUGAUGAAUCCGAACUGCUUUCAAUAUCUAACACCUACUUCAUGGAUGUGAGCAUCUACCACAACAACACCCUCAAGCAAUACUACAAGGAAUACGAGAACUUCGGUCACUUUGACUGCAGCUUCUACAAUAAUUACUACACCAAAUACUUCCAACAAACUUAAU